AUGGAUAGAGAGAAAAGCUUGAUGGUUCUAGUCCACUGUUCUGGUAAAAUUAAAAAAAGUAACAGGCAUGGUGUUAAGUUCACGGAUAAAGAACCGCUGAGCAUUUUUAUCCGUUCGACUGAUACUUUGUCGGAUUUGAAGAGGAACAUAUUGCAGAAGGCAUGGUUAGUUGGGGCUAAGUCAGUGAAGAAGAUGUUCUACAAGAUUUCGAUGGCGGUCGUGUCGAGUGGUGUGCAGUAUGAAACAUUUGUCAUAGGGUCAGAUGAAGACAUGGGGGUGUUGUUUCAUUGUCGGCCGAGUUUUUCGGAGGUGAGAAUACAAGAGUUGUUUACCAAGUUGGAAGACCGAGUCGACAGUUUCGGGGCUUCAGCACCAAAUCCUCAGUCGACGACGGUGGGGGAUGCUUCUACUUCGAUGCCUAUCGUUGCACCUAGGUGUCUCCUAUCUGCACCUCCACCUGUUCUAGCACCGGCAGAGAGGUCACCCAGUUUGAUUACUGGUUUUGUUGGGAGUGGUGAGCCGGAUCACUAUGAGAACGCGAUGCGGGACUAUGAUUCAGACGAUGAGCCGGAUCACAUAUCAGGGGAUAGUGAAGACGAGACUCCAGUGCCCCUACCUGCACCUCAGAGGCCAUCCAGUUCUGGGUCCCACCAACAACCGUCGUAUUUCUCGACGCUCAAUCUGGAAUCAACUAAGGAAGAAGCUGUGAUGAGUGUUAAGGAUUAUACCAUUUGUCGUGGAGUUCAUUAUCGGGUUAUGGAAUCUGAUCAUCUGAAGUAUGUUGGGAGAUGCAAGGAGUUUGGAAAUGGCUACAACUGGAUCAUCCGCGUGGCACUUCGGCAGCACAAGGGUAACUGGGAGGUUAGAAGGUACAACGGAGCCCACACAUGCCUGGCCACAUCGAUAUCGAGCGACCACCGACAGCUCGAUUACCACGUCAUUUGUGCGAGGAUCUAUCCAUUGGUUAGGGCGGACACAACGGUUACGAUAAAGGUGUUGCAAGAAGCUACUGAGUCAACCUAUAGAUUCAGGCCUAGCUACAAGAAGGUAUGGAAGGUAAAGCAGAAGGCAGUUGUGCAGAUUUACGGGGAUUGGGAAGAGUCAUAUGUGAAGUUGCCCCGGUGGAUCCUUGGGAUGCAAGCAACAAUGGACGGCAGCGUAGCUUUGUUGAAGACUUCUCCAGUGCGUGUUGGUUGUGAGGUUGAUGAGUCCACAUACAUUGACGGAACGCAUCUAUAUGGGAAGUAUGGCGGGACUUUGCUUCUGGCUAUUGCGCAAGAUGGAAACUCCAACAUAUUGCCAGUUGCGUUCGCACUUGUUGAGGGGGAGAAUGAAGGCAUUCUAGUCAUUUCUGAUAGACCCAACGACAUUAAGGCUGCACUAGAGGUACCGGACAGUGGUUGGAAACCGCCUCAUGCAUAUCGAGCACAUUGCAUUCAACACAUUGCAGCCAAUUUUGCCCUCAGUUUCAAGGGUCAGGAUGCGAGGCGGAUGCUCGUGAAUGCGGCGUAUGCGAAGACUGAGGCUGAGUUUGACUAUUGGUUUGAUAUUAUGAGGACUGAAAAUCUGGCCAUGUGUGAUUGGGCCAAUCGAAACACUAAUUCGAUUCCAGAGGUAAUGGGUGGAGAAGAUGACGAAGAUGCAUUGCCAAGAGGAGAAGAAGAGGACAAUGACGCCGAGAGAAGAAGAAGAUGA